AUGAGUAGUUUAUCACCGUUACCCCCACCAUUCGAUCCAAAUAAAACUUUCCAACCCAUGUGGCGUCAAGCUUUUCACUGGCUUAAUCAAUGUCAUGUUUUAUCACCUGAAGCCAAUCGAUUGUUAAAUCUUCCAACGAGUACAGUGGAAGAUUUAGCAGAUGUCUUAGCUGAUGGAAUCGUCCUAUGCAAUUUACUGAAUUAUAUAGUACCAGGAAUUAUAAAGUAUACGGAUGUUUCGUUUCGACCACAAAAAAGUCGAUUUUUAUGUUUGCAAAAUAUUCGACUGUUUUUGGAUGCAUGUCGACAGGAGCUACAUUUUCGUGACCGUGAUCUCUUCGAUCCUUACAUGUUAUUCGAUAAAUAUGAUCUUGACAAAAUCAUUGAAACACUCUCGAAGAUAUCUCGUCUAGAGAUUGCCAAAAAGAAAAAACUAACUCCAUUUCCAAGUACUAGCCCAGUGAAUUAUGUCAACAUUCCCAAAGAAGAUCACGUCGGAAUCUUGCCAAUCAUGCGCUCACUCGACGAACCAUUACCCGUCCAAGAUCUUUCGAUGAGUAAUCAUGAUGAUUCUCGAGCACUAUUGUAUUAUGCAUCGCCUGAAACAGUUGUUGCUCCAAGUGAACAAAACAUUCUCUAUGGAUGCUUAAUUGAGAAGAAAAGGGUCGGUGUCCUAGACGAUAAAAAAUUACAACGUCAAUCAUCCUUGUGUCACUCAUGUCGCUAUGCACGUAUUCACCAUGUUCCAUCGUUUCAUUCGUCAAAUUCAAGUCAAUUAACUAAACAAAAUUCACCAUUGAUGAAAACAACAAGUUCAUCGAAUAUAAAUGAAUCACUUUCUUCUUCAUCACUUGUUGCUGCAAAUGCAGCAUCAACACUUUCGUCAGCGGCAGCUAUUACAGAUCCUAAUUCUGUUGAAUUACUUUCACCAUUGAUAAAACACCGUCUAUCAACAUCAUCACUUCCAUUUUCAAUUCUAAAUGGUGAUGCUGGUGUCUAUGGAUCGCGUAUAAGUAUUGCCGAUGAUGUCUAUGAACAAUUAUGCGAAAAACCAAAGAAAUCUGAUCAUCACAAAGCAUUUCUUCCACGUGAUCAUUGUGUCAAAGAGUUACUGGAUACGGAAUUGAAUUAUCGUGAUUCAUUGAAUCAAAUCGUAACGCAUUUCAUUGAACCAUUGCAAUUGAAGCCGGAGGAACGUAAAAAGAUCUUCUUAAACAUAUCUGACAUACAUGCUUUACAUUCGGAAUUCUACGAAGAUUUAUGUCGUGCCGGUCGAAAUGAAAAGGGCCGAACAUCCCGAAUUGUGGAAUUGUUUACUACAUGGCAGGACCGAUUUUUGAUCUAUGCAAAAUAUUGUUCCGAAUUACCUGACGCACAAGAAUUUCUCGAUCGAAAGAUCAAACAAGAUGCAAGCUUCUCUCAGAAACUUGAACAAUGCCGACAGAAAGCAGGCGAACUUGGUAAAUUUCAGCUACGUGACACUGUUGUUUUGCCAUUUCAACGUAUCGUUAAAUAUUCAUUACUUUUACAUACAAUGAAAAAAAAUGUUCCAGCGACUGAUCCAAACGGUGAAGUCAAACGGCAACUAUUAGAAAAAGCAGAAAGUCUGAUGACUGAUGUAAAUCAAUACAUAAACGAAGCGAAGCGUGCGCAUGAUAAUUUGAAAGUGAUCACUAACAUUGAAAAAACAAUUUGUGAUAUAAAAUUACCAUCCGAUCGAUGUCUACGCAACUAUGGACGAUUCAUUGCAGAUGAACAAUUUACUGUGUAUGAAAAUGGACAUCGAAAUGGAACGAGAACGAUAUUUCUCUUCGAUCGUGUUCUUCUGAUUUGCAAAGUGAAAGGAUCAGAAAAGUAUACAUUUCGUGCUGCGCUAUUCAUUCAAGGAUGUCAGAUCGAAGAAUUAAAAGCAGCAAAACGUGAAUUUCCAUUUAUUCUUCGUGAUUCAUCGAAAUGUGAAUACAAAUUCGUUGCCAAGACCGAAGAUAAACGAUCGUUUUGGUUAAAGAAUCUGCGUGAUGCAAUUGAUCGAUGCUCUAAUCCGGAGUUGUCUGAAAACGGGCAUUUCUUUCAAAUGAAAUCAUUCGAUGAAAUAAAUCCACGCUGUGAUCAUUGUAAUCGAUAUUUAUGUGGAAUAUUUUAUCAAGGUUACGAAUGCUCAAGAUGUCAGAAAAAAAUUCAUCGAGAAUGUAUUAAAAAAGUUGGAACAUGUAUUCAUCGGGCAUCGUUGGCACGCAUACGAAGUUUUGAUCGUGGUUCGAUUGAAUUACCACGUGCAUUUAGUAAUGCAUCUAACGUUAACAAUCACAAUCAUAUCUAUGCACUGUACAAUUACGAUGGAACGAUGAAUAAUGGCAAUAGUAGAACAGCAGCGAAUCGAUUUGGUGAUCGACACAUCAGAGUAAAUGAAGGCGAUAAAUUAGAGAUUCUCGAAGAUGAUGAUGAACAUAUCUGGAAGGUGAAAAAUCUUCGAACAAAUGAAGUUGGUUUCAUUCCAUCAACGAUCGUGAGUGUUAAUGAUGUCGAUUCUCAAAGAACAAUUCAACGUUCAUCAACAACUCUCGCUGAAACAUCGUCGUUACGUUCGAAUAUUUCAACAACACUUGCACAUCAUUUUCCUUUCAUUCGUUCACUUGUGCAAGCCUAUAGUCCGCCCAUAUCAAUACGUUCAGCAAAUACGAAUGCCUACUCCAAUCCUCCAUCCGCAAAUAAUCCGAAUCAGACCCAUAACUCUAGUAAUAUACCUAUUCAACGUUCAAAAUCGAUUUCAACACCAACAACGCCUGAAAAUAUUUUGAAUAAGCAUCGAAAUUUACAACUAUCAUCUUCUUUUGAUAAUACACCUAUAUCUCCGACGUUCGUCCCAGUCGUAGCAAACAAUCAUAUCUAUGAUUGGUAUCUUGACAUCAGUCGAAAUCAAGCCGAAGAGAUCUUGAAAAAUGAUUCAGUGCCAAAUAAUACAUUUCUUGUUCGCAAACAAGGCAAAAACGAAGGACAUGCUAUUUCAAUCAAACAUAACAAUGAAGUUUACCAUAUUCGAAUAUAUACUCAUGAAAUUGAUGGUUGUAUGAAACAUUACUUAGUUGAUAGUCUACUUUUUGAUAGUUUACAAUCAUUAAUUCAAUAUUAUCAAACACAUUCACUUGAAGAUCGUUUUCCUCCUGUUAAAAGCUCGUUAGUCCAUCCAAUCGCUCAUGUGUGUAGCCACGACAUGCUACUCCUACCGGCCACAUUAUAA